CACGUAUACAUCGCAAACAUUCAGGAAGAAAACAAUCAACACUUACUCCAAAGUGUUUAAAACAUCAACUUCCCCGAUUUUUAAUAAUGUUUCCCUUUGCGUUUGACAUCCAGUAACUGAAACCCAAGGAAUAUGUCGAGGGCUCCAUGGGUGCAGUACCGCCAUGGUUAACUUCAGAGCGUAAAGCCCGGAUAUCUGAUUCGACACACAGUCCUCACAGGCUGUCUCUAUCACAUGGACGGUAGCGGCUGACCCAGCCUUUUCCUUUGCUGUGGCGAAUGGUGAGCCAACACUUGGAGAUACACUUGUUUCUAUGGUAACACGUGGUUUCCGGCAACUCUAAAGGUCGCUCGUUAAUUUGAAAUUUGAACGACCUCAACAUACCCUACAAUUAACCAAUGAGCGGUCAGACCAGUAACGGGGGCGUUGGCCUCUCCCCUCCCCGGUCUAACCAGCGAACGCUAAUGAACGACUUCAUGGUGACCUUUAGUUCUCCCGUGGCGUGGGUGCUGGUGGUGGCGCUCGUCAUCACCUGGUCAGGAGUGGCCAUAGUUGUCUUCGACCUGCUGGAUUACAAGACGCUGGCAGAGCUCACAUCAUACUGUGACGACCCCGUGUGUUUAUAUCCUGGUCUGUCCCCUGCGCCCUCCGUGGUCAGAAAGGCUUUGAAGACAAGAGGUGCCAUUCGUGCCGGAAAGUCAAUGGCUGCCCGAGCUGCUGCUGAAGCUGUCGCUGAGGAGGAGACCAGUUGGUUGGGGCUCGCGUUCUCGUUCGCAGCCAACCUCGUGGCCCCUGAGGAGGAGGAAGGUAUUCACCAGCUAACCGAAUCCAUCACACCUUUCCACUCCGAGGAGUUCUGAAGGUGGGAGGAACGCAGACGGCAGAGAGAAUAAAAGAGUGCGCAGAGUCGGAAGAGGCGAAAGACGAGGUGGAGGAAGAUGAAAGAGGCGAAGACAACAGUAUGUUUGAUUUGUAAACAAUGAAACAGGCGGGAAAAGGUGGCACACGUCAGCGUGGUUUCAAAUGAUGCAAUCGUUCCUGUUUCACGCUCGUGAAAAAUAAAACAAAAACCCGAAAAUG